CCUACAUUCUUCCGACGAGGAUGUAGGCGGAGAUGGCUAAGUAUUGAAGGUAUUGCGCUUGCGCAGUAGAAGUAAUAGGUGUGUUCUUAUCUGUUGGCUACUUUGUACGUCUUGCGUUGCGUUCCAAGAUACCAGCCCAACCACUGGAUGUUGGUCGUUUUUUUUGCAUCUCUGCGAAUACAAGCUUCGUUAGCGGUCCUCACCUCGUUGAUCACGUUGCAAUAUUUCUAUCUACAGCGGAGGUGAAACGUGAAGAAAGAUAGACUGAUCCACACAAUAUUUCUGACUAGGAUCGAGUGUUUCUGUUUGGAUUGCAUGGCGCACAGCGACUCAAAAAAAGACGUCCUGUCCCCCACGGAGGGUAGGACUGUCACGUGUCUUCUUUUGAACUGUGGACCGUCGGCGGGCAGUAAUGCCAAGCAAAGGAGAGAAGCUGUCAAGCGAAUAGGCUGUAUAGCUGUAAAGAAAGACGUGGACUUUAUUCUACUCCAAGAACUGAAAGGAAAAAACGUGGUCAAGAAAGAAAUUCUUUCAUUUAUUCCGGAGUUUGAAAUUCUGAGACAAACAGGGACAGACACUGAUGCCAACAUUCUUUACAGAAAAGACAAGUACAAAAUAAUGGAAUUCAAUCUGGAGAAAUGUUGGAAUGACUCUUUACUGAUUGACAAACCUAUUCUAGAACUCGGUAUAGCUAGAUUGUCUGUUGGAUUUUUUGAGAGCAUUUCAAGCAACCCAGCUUCAGCUAAAGCCACAGAGUGUCAUAUGGUUGUUAGCUGGCAUGGACCAGAAAGGCUGGCAAAAUCCAAAGAAAAGAAGAAGGAAUGUUUUGAAAGCCUUAUGAAAACUAUUGAUAAUCUAAGUAGCAAUUCCAAGACAGCUUUAGACGUUACCUCCAGUUUAAUUGGAGGAGAUUUCAACUUAGAAAAGGAUCUUGUCUAUCCUGAAGGUGCAAAAAGUAAUACAACAUACACGAGAAAAGAUAAAGACGGAAAACCAAUACAAUGCGUGUGGGUGGAUUAUCCUACUAGUGCUAGACGCAAUGAGAAACGGGCUGGAUAUCACAGAAUAGAUGAAUUUAUCUGUAUGCGAAAAGUUACCUCGUUUCCUGUAUCAGUCAAGGCAACUUGUUUAUGUUUACAAGACCUACAAGCCCUAAAAGAUCCUGAUAUUUCAGACGAAGACGCCACAUGGUUUAAAGAAAACUACCUUCAGCUAGAUCACGAUCCUGUGUUGGUGUCAACCACAUAUCAAAUACCAUCCAGUCCUCUUGCUGAAGUCAAACAAACGUAAUAAUGACUAGUCAUCAUAUAGACCUUGUGUGGGUGUCAACCACAACAUAAUUGCUUUUAGUAAUUUUUAUAUUUUUGAUAUAAUUUUGAUAAUUUUUGCUUAUAAUGUGUACGUUUAUCUUAGCUUGUGCAUUAAACUUUAGCCCAUGCAGCUACUAGCAGCAGCUAGAUACUGUAUAGGAAUGGUUUAGUAAGCGUGGUAUGUACGUAGUAUUAAUUUUUUUGGUUUACAUGUACUGCACAAUACAUGAUAUGAUAUGAU